GUACCUGAAGACGGGCGAGUAGGAAGGCAAUGAGCACAGUGGAGCGGGAGUUUGAACAGAAUUGAUGAUGUAAUCACUAAGAUGAGAUGGCUAACGGAGCUGCCGUUGAGGACGAAGUGAAGGAGCGGCAGCUGUAUGGGGGUGAGGCUGGGUGUCGGUGGGCUGCUCGGUGGCAGCUGCCAGCUGGGCAGGCUGGCCGUCAGGGGGGCCAUGGGAACCACAUCAGUCAAAAGGGAAAUAUUACCAGUCAUGUGAUGAGAGGCGCCGCUUUCAAUAAGCCACUCACGAGACGAUGCAUCACCAUUAGACCCAGUUUGGAUCGAGGAGCGGCAUCAUUAAAGGUUCAUCACAGGAAUCAUCCCUGUGCUUCAACUCAUGAUCUCUACACCCCACCAAGCCUCACCCAGAUUCUGACUCGGGACCAAUUACGAGUUAACUCAAUCCAUGAUCGAGGCAGCAAGGUCGAGCACCUCAGCGAAGCCGCGGCCAUUUUACCGACCCAAUCUCCCAACCUCAACUUAUUAUAUUUCGGCACCACGAAAUAUGUCGUCUCCGUCGGCAUCGGCACCAAUGCGACGGACCUCGUCCUCAUCUUCGACACCGGAUCCGACCUCACCUGGACUCAGUGCCUCCCCUGCGCCCGGCCGGGAGGUUGCUACGAGCAAGUGUUAUCUAUUUUCGACCCGAAGAACUCCCAUACUUAUUCUAACAUCUCGUGCAACUCCGCCGCGUGCUCGGCCAUGGACCGAGUUCCUCGACACACGGGGAAUUGUUCAUCGCCUUCGUCAACGUGUGGGUAUGGGAUAUCGUACGACGACUCGUCCUUCUCCGUGGGCUACUUGGGGAAAGACCGAUUAACUUUGACGCAGGCAGAUGCCAUCAUAGACAAUUUCACAUUCGGGUGCGGGCACUACAGCAACGGGACUUUCGGUAAGGUUUCGGGGAUUCUAGGCCUCGGCCCCGGCCCCUUAUCGAUCGUCUCCCAAACGGCUGAAAAGUAUGGCAAAAUCUUCUCCUACUGCCUCCCCACGCAAAACGGAAAUAAUGACGGGUAUCUAAAAUUUGGGAGAUAUCAAGAUGCAGGGGAAAAUUUCAGUUUCACGCCCUUCGCAAAGAAGGGCAAUAAUGACACCUCUUUCUACUACGUCCAAGUCGAAUCCAUCAGCGUUGCCGGGAAGAAACUCCCGGUUAACGCGAUGGCAUCCGGAAAUGCCAGAAUGAUCAUCGAUCCUGGCACCACCUUAACCCAUCUCCCCCCGAAAGCGUACGAGGCGCUCAAAUCCACCUUCGAGGAGGCGAUGAAAACUUAUAAUACUGCGCAAGCGUUUUCCAUACUGGACAACGGCUGCUUCGACCUCAGUAAGUACGCCAAAACAAAGACUAACAUUACCAUCCCGACCGUAGUCUUCGAGUUCAGCGGGAACGUCACGGUGGGUGUACCCACCCAUGGGACCGUGACUGUGGCCGACGAAAAUUAUUCUCAGGUGUGCUUGGCCUUCCUCGCUAACAAAGACCCCGAGGAUGUAGGCAUUUACGGAAGCAUGCAGCAGCAGACUGUGGAGGUGCUAUACGACGUCGCAGGAGAGAGGCUUGGCUUCAGCCCUUCUGGCUAUGAUGUAAUUGUGGUUAGCAGGGUAGAUGAGGAGUCUAUUCGAUGCAUCAUGAAGACGUUGGAGAUCUUUAGGGACACCACUGGUCUGGAAAUUAACAAAGACAAGUCCCAAAUUGUAUUUGGAGGGGUGAGCCAGCAACAAGAGGAGACCUUGCUGAAAAUGACCAGGAUGGGCAAAGGUAAAUUACCUUUCACAUAUCUGGGUAGCCCGAUCACUGCAUCUAGACUCAAAACUGCUGACUGUGACAGACUCAUUGGAAAAAUCACCAGUAAAAUCACAGCGUGGAGCAGUAGGCAUUUCUCAUAUAGCGCCAGAAUCAGACUUGUUAAUGCUGUCCUUCUUGGAGUGGUUACAUUCUGGUCUAGAAUAUUUAUACUGCCUAAAAAAGUGAUAAGGACAAUACAAAGCCUAUGCAGGAACUUUCUCUGGGCAGUGGUGAGCUUUGUGUCAUCUGACCGAAGCAUGUCAUCUCACCGUAAGGAUCCUGAAAGAGAUUACCUUGACAGUGAGGCGGCUGCAGCCACCAACAACUUCCACACCAUUCCUCUCACCUCUCUCCUUCCUCAAUCCCAGCAAUCCAAUUGCAAUGGUCGUUCACCUUCACACGUUGGAGGAGCGGGAGCAAUAGAGGUUCUUCACAGGGAUCAUCCCUGUGCCGCCUCAAGACUUGAUGAGUCCACCCCACUUAGCAAGGCCCAGAUUCUGGCCCGGGACGAGUUGCGAGCCCGCUCAAUCCGAGCCAGAGUCAGCAGCAUGGUCAAUGGCCUCAGCCAGGAGGACGCGGCCGCCACCGAUCUCCCAGCUCAUUCCGGCCUCUCCCUUUCUACCUUGAAUUACGUCGUCAACGUCAGCAUCGGGAGCCCUGCGAAGACCCUCUCCCUGGUCUUCGACACCGGGUCCGACAUCACCUGGACUCAGUGCCGUCCCUGCGUCAAGGAGUGCUACCGGCAGAGCUUUCCCAUUUUCGACCCCAGGUAUUCCAAAACCUAUUCCAACGUAUCAUGCUCCUCCCCCCUCUGCUCUGCCCUGGAGCCCUUCAAAGGGAAUUGCUCGUCGGCCACCUGCGUGUACGGGAUAAGGUACGGCGACGGGUCCUACACUGUGGGCUACUUUGCAAAAGAACGAUUGAGCUUGACGUCGUCGUCUUCGUCGUCGGAUACAUUCGACAGCUUCUUUUUCGGGUGCGGGCAGAGAAACCAUGGACUUUUCGGUCUUGCUUCGGGGCUUCUCGGCCUCUCCCCCGGCAAGUUUUCGGUCGUCUCUCAGACCGCAAAAAGGUACGACAGAAUCUUCUCCUACUGCCUCCCCACGCCAGGCGGAAAUGGAGGCUAUCUGGAAUUCGGGAACAGAGGUGGAAUAAAUAAUAACAAAUUGAUCCGCUUCACGCCAUUGACGGAGAUGAAGAACGACGCGUCUUUCUACUACACCCAACUCCAGUCCAUCAGCGUGGGCGGGGAGAGACUCCAGAUUAAGCCAGCAGUUUUCCGCAAUGCCGGAACCAUCAUCGACUCCGGCACCGUCAUAACCCGGCUCCCGCCCGAUGCAUACAAGGCGCUCAAAUCAGCCUUCGCGGGGCAGAUGAUGAAAAAACAUUACACUAAAGCGCAGAACUUUUCCUUAUUUGACACCUGCUUCGACUUCAGCAGGAUUGGCAGCGGGGGUAGUAUUACCUUCCCCAAUAUAGAGUUCCAUUUCCGCGGGAACGUGACUGUGGAAAUACCGUCCACCGGGAUCUUAAUUGCGUUGGACCAAAAGUUUGCGCAGGUGUGCCUGGCCUUCGCCGGAAACGAGAACCCCGCCGAUGUGGGCAUUUUCGGAAACACGCAGCAGCAGACUUUGGAUGUGGUAUACGACGUCAAAAACUGGAGGCUCGGCUUCGGGGUAGGCCGCGGUCGCUGUACCUGAUGCAUGCAUGCGAUGCAUGUUUUCUUUUUCUUUCAUUUUUUUUUUAAAUCAAAAUUGUGUACCCUA